AGCGGAAAUGACGAGCGGAGAACGGCCGGAAGAACGGGGAGGAGGACGACGACGGCUUCACAGGCGUCGGGAAUCUUCGACGCGGCCCUGUGUAAGCCUCAGAUCUACCGAUACAGCGGGAGGCGAGCCGGUGUUGUGAGUGAGUGAAGGAAGGAGGAAGGAAGGCGGGGGUUGGAGGAGGGGGUGGGGGAGAUAUGUUCCGCCCGAUGAGGCAGGGCUUCCGCAGCCCGCCGCCUGUAGGCCCGGGUAUGGUCCCGGGCUCGUUCCCCGGCGCGGUGCAGGCCGCAGGCGGCGGAGGGACAUAUCCCUGGGGGCUCCCGACUAAUGCCGGCACCCCGCCUUACGGAAUCCGGCAGCGGCCCUUCGCCAAGUCCCCUCAGCAACAGCAAGGCCUGUCGCCCUUCCACCAACAGCACCGCUACAAAAGCCCGUCACCCGGCCACCAGCAGCCGCAAAGCUUCACACCCCGGCACAGAAGCCACUACUCCUCGCCGCCAUAUCACCCUCACUCCCCGGGUCAAGCAUCGUCUCAGCAGCCUUCCCCCGGUUCGGGCCAUUACCGACGUUACCCGGGCUCGCCCAGGGCGUCGACACCUUUCGGCGGGAGCGGCUACAUCCUGGAGAGGAAAUCGCCGGCGCCCGUGGAGCUGUACUACAAAGCUUCCAUGCUGCAGGACCCGUGGGCUGACCUGCAGCCCGUCUCCGCCUCUGACAUCGACCUGCAGUACAGCAAGCCGCAGGCAGCCAGCGCCGUCAAAAGGGGCAGGUACUUCAGCUAACAGCUUCUGCAAGCAACACCAGACCCUCACUCUCCCUCCCGGGCAAAGAGCAACCUUUUCUCCCACCUCUGGGUAAGGUAGCCAAAUUGACCUCCGCAGUGCUGUCAAGAACUUAACUGUGGUGCCCAUUCUCACUGCUUUCCAGAGACUAAGCCUAUUUUUUAAACAAGAAUUGAUUACAUUUUUUUCCAGAUCGACUUUUUAAACGAGACCUAUUUUUUUAACCACACCGAGUUUGUUUUUUCUUUGCAACACGUGGGAGCUCUUUGGAUGUUAUCUGGUAGAGUGCAACCGUUGCAGUUUAGGAAAGUGCCUGCUCCAAAUAACUCUUUAAAAUCACCAGCCAGUGGACAAUGACUAAUUGUUUUGCAGGUUUCCUCCACUUCUAUGCAUUAACGAGGCAGGUUAGAAAGCGUGUCAUCUAAUUUUUUUACUGUAAGCCACUGAAAAUGGUCAUUUUUUAAACUUUUUUGUCAACUUUUUUAGAUUCAAGGUAAAAGCUUCAAUGUAUUUUUUUGUAAAUCCAUAUUUCUAAUUUUGUGUAUGUAAAAACUGAAGAAAGAAAAAUGUUUUGUGUAUGAUUUCACAGUGAGACGGUGUAUCUGGGGCAUGUGUGCAGUAAAGGUGUGGUGUGUUGGUGUACAUCUUGUUUCAGUUUUUUGUUUUAUAAUUUUUUUCUGGAAAUUAUAGAUAAGAACUUGAGUUAAUCUUUCAUUUUGAAAACACCCUGGAAAUAAAAUAACAUCCUGGCUUGUAUUUGGAACUCAAAGUGAAGGUGGGGAAGAAUUUUAUUACAGAGUAAGGAAAAGUGCUUCUUGGUAACAAAUAGCUUUAAUUAUGACUUGUUACCAUAAAUUUUGCUUGAUUUUAUUUUUAAGCCCAGCGCUGUAGGAACAAUGCUCUUUGGGAACCUUCGACCAUUGAUUAUGGACAGGUGGGCACACUCUGAUUCUGUUUGUAAACAGUUGGUGGGCAGGAAGAUUUUAGAGGUAUUUAUCUUCCUUUUGAUAUACCUGUACUAUCAUUCUGUUGGUAUUGGAAGUCUAGCACUACCCAGCUAUUGUUGAAUAUGUUUAGAUGAUGAAGUUUGCUGGAAUAUUUGGCAAAUACAUCAAGUGAAUCUCAGUGAUGUGUACAUCUGGCAUGUACUUGAUGGAAGUCUUUGUAUGGUGGUUGUGACAACAGUAACUUCACCCUUUCUCCCCUUUCCCCAUUUCAACUAUUGACCCAGCUUCCAGAUGAGUUUGGUCUGCAUGAAGAACAACAGUCAAACUAGGGAACUGUACCACCCUAAGCAAACACUUAUUUAACUUUGGGAAAACAACAGACAUUGCAAAUCCAUUAGACAUUUUAUUGGGCUUGUGAAAUACUUUUACGGUUAAACAUGUUUGAUGGAAAUUAAUAUGGUGGAUACAAUACAUUUUAUUUAUUGUAUCUAAACAUUGAAAUGGGCAACUUUUCUGUCUUGUCAAACCUUGGCUGAUGUACACUGUCUAAAACUAAUGUUUUGGAGGAGGAGGAGGGCUUAAAGUAGAAAGGAAUGUAUAUUUAAUUUAUAUAUUCGUAUACCAACCAUGUCAGGGCCACAAUAUUUGUCUUUUAACUGACAAUUUUCUUUAUUGCUUAGAUUUUAGUAUUACAACAACAAAUUACUGUACCUUAGUGCUUUCUAGUUUGUUCUUAUUCUUGUCAAACAGCACAUCAUAUUUUAAUUGCAGAAAUCCUUUAGUAAUAUUAAAGAAACCUAUGUACA